UUUACCUCCUAAAAUGGACAUUAAGCAUCUAAAAUUUGGGAUCUCUCAACCUUGUGUUCUUCUUUGUAAAACAUCUAAUUUCACACAAUUUACAUUCAUUAUUACCUCAACAAUAUUUCAAACAUUUAAUUACGAUUUCUCAAACUAAAAUAAUUAAUCCAAGGAUGUUAACUCCCAUAAUUUCCCUUUUCUCACUACCCUUUACAAAAUUUCUUCCAUUUCUCGUAAUUCUUCAAUCAUCUUCCAUAACAUAAAAAAAUACAUAUAUUAACAAAAGAAAAAAAAAAUGGACCCAUAUAAUAUGAAAUUCCUUUUUAGAAAACAAUGUGAGAAUCAUUUGAUGCAUUUAUUUGCAUUAAGGAGAGGUAUUUUUUAUGGAGAUGAUGUUUUUUAUAGGGUUCUUCCUUUUACCAUCAUCCGAUUAACCCUCUUUUUUGUCAUCUCUCAAUCUCUUCUUCGUCUUCUCAAGCCUUUUAAACAAACUGAAUUCGUUUGUAAUUUACUGACGGGAAUAAUCCUAGGACCAAGUGUACUAGGAAGAUUAUACAAGGGGUACAAGAAUGUAACAGAUAUGCCAGGCCAAGUACAAUUUAUCAACGUUGGAGCCUACAUUGGUGUAAUCUAUUAUGUAUUCCUGAUUAGUGUCAAAACCAAUUUUGGUGUGCUCAAAGGAAGUGGAAAGAAAGUCUGGGUUAUAGGGCUAUCAUCCCUUGCAUCUUCAUUCUUCGUCACAGCUUCCCUUAAUGAUCUUUUACAUCCCUUAAAAUUCAAGAACCCUUUCCUCGUCUACAUAUUCUCUCUAGAACAUUCCGCCACGUGGUUCACGAACCUAGCUCCGAUGCUGGAGGAACUCAACCUCCUUACCACGGAAAUGGGGCAGCUUGCACUGGCCUCGUCCAUGACCAAUGAGGUCGUGACAUGGUGCUUCUGGAUGUACCUAAUGAUCUCGUACUUGUUUGGGAUUCGCGGUUUUUACAGAGGUGUUAUGCCACUAUGUGUGAUUGUAGGGUUUAUAAUGCUUAUUUUGAGACCAGCUAUAAGAUGGUUUAUUAAAAGGAUGCCUCAAGGUGGACCUGUGAAAGAAGUUUAUGUUCUUGGUAUAUUACUUGGAGCAUUGAUUAUGUCUUUUGUAAGUGAUAUUGUUGCUGGAUCUCCUGUUUUAGGUGUUGCAUUUCUUGGGUUGGUUAUACCAAGUGGACCUCCUCUUGGCACAAUAAUUCAAGAUAGGAGUGAAAUGUUUAUUAAGAACUGUUUUCUUCCUUUCUUCUAUUUGGCUGUUGGUGAUAUGACAGAUGUAUAUGGUAUUAAGAAUGUUAAGGUUCAUCUUGGUUACCAAGCGAUUCUGAUUAUCGGAUAUUGUAUCAAGACGUUGGUUACUAUGAUUGCUGCAACGUAUUAUUGUCUGACGCCGAGGCUGGGUUUGGCGCUUGGCUUAGUCAUGAAUACAAGUGGGGUGCUCAACACUAUGUUGUUCUUGAGUUAUACACUUCGUCAGACAAUGUACAGCAACCAAGCUUCUCACCUUGUGUUAAAUAGUUUGGCUGUGACAGCAUUUGUAACACCACUGGCAUACUAUUUGCACAAGAAGCGUCCAGUAAUAUCAUGUAAUUCUGUUGAAGGAUUAGACUUAUCAUUCCUAGCAGAGUUAGAGGUUCCUAAACUACAGCUGCAGAUCCUUGCAUGUAUUGACAGUGAAGAGGAGGUUGCUGGAAUCAUUACCUUGCUCAAUGCAACACAUCCAACCGAGUCUGACCCUGUUAGUGUUUACGUGGUACAUUUAACCGAGCUUGUUGGUCAAGCAGCGCCUGUCCUAAUGGUUCACGGUCAGCACCAAAGGAUAUGUGAUUACAAUGGUUGUGUUCGCAUAACAAGUGCCUUAAACAGUUUUAGUGAAAACUCAAAGGGUGUUAGCCUUCAACUCUUGACUAUGAUCACACCGUUUAAGAGCAUACCUGAAGGUAUGCGUUUUCUAGCUCAGGAGAAAAUGAUUCCUCUUGUUAUCGUCCCUUUUAACUAUAAGAGCCAUAGUGAACUAGCUAAAACCGCCUCAAGUGAGCUUAAUCGUAAGCUUCAGUUACAAAUGCGUUGUACUAUUGGAAUUUUGGUUCAUAGGGAUAAGGCUAAUAAGCAGAAGAGUAGCCAGGAUGAAUUCUCCUACCGUGUUGCAGUCAUUUUCUUCGGUGGAGAAGAUGAUAGGGAGACGUUGGCAUAUGCAACGCGUAUGUCUAAACAUCCUCGUGUUAGCAUCACAUUGAUACGGAUUGUGGUUAAUGAAUUUCGACAUGUGGAUAAGGAUGACAAGGCGUUGGAUAAAACACGGGUGAAUUUGUUUAAGACGAGGUUUACUAGCAGGACUCGUCCUCAUGUGUUCCAAGAGAUUUAUGUGGAUGAUUGGUUACAAGCACUUGAUGUGGUUAGGUCUUUUGAUAACAAUUAUGACCUUGUUAUGGUAGGGAGACGCCAUAGUGAGACCAAUGCAGAUGAAGAAGAAUUGUCUGUUCUGUGUGAGAAACCGGAGUUAGGCCUUAUUGGGGAAAUAUUUGUUAGUAAUGAACAUCACUGGGGAAAUUCCUCUGUUUUGGUCAUGCAACAUUGCAGGUAUGUUGGUAGAGAAGAUAGAAAAUCAAGAUUUGUCUGAAACUGAUUUAUGAUAAAUUAACUUCAAUGAUCAUACUGAGAAUAUGUUUGUAGGAAAUGUACAUACUUUAAAAUAGAUAAACAUAACAGUUUUGUAGAACUUGAAUUUCACUGAACCAUUCAUCAAUACCUGAUAGAAAGUUAGAAACUACAUGCAUUUUACUCAAUUGACAUAUUUUGCAAAAUGCUGACAAUGGCCCUGUUUGGCAAUUGGCCGGUAGCUUUUUCACUUGGCUUGUUCGACCGGCGAUUUGUGUUAGCUUUUUAUGUUCACAAAUUCUUAUAUGAGACUGUCCUCACCAUCAACUGAUGGUGAGACCAGUUCACACUUCCGAAUUUAGGUAUGUUACUUCUAUAGUUUAGACAUGUUACUUUUUUUUUUAUAAUUUUAGAGGAGGUACUUUUUUUUAGUUUAGGUAUGUUACUUUUAUAGUUUAUACAUGUUACUUUUUUUUUAUAAGGAGUAGUUUUAGGGGAGAUACCUUCUUAGUUUAGGUAUGUUACUUCUAUAGUUUAGACAUGUUACUUUUUUUUAUAUAAUUUGAGAGGAAGUACUUUUUUUAGUUUAGGUAUGUUACUUCUAUAGUUUAUACAUGUUACUUUUUUUUAUACGGAGUAGUUUUAGGGGAGAUACCUUCUUAGUUUAGGUAUGUUACUUCUAUAGUUUAGACAUAUUACUGUUUUUUAAUAAUUUUAGAGGAUGUAUUUUUUUUAGUUUAGGUAUGUUAUUUCUAUAGUUUAGACAUGUUACUUUUUUUUUUAUAUAAUUUUAGAUGAGGUACUUUUUUAGUUUAGGUGUGUUACUUCUAUAGUUUAGACAUGUUACUUUUUUUUUUAUACGGAAUAGUUUUAGGGGAGGUACAUUUUUAGUUUAGUUAUGUUACUUCUAUAGUUUAGACAUGUUACUUUUUUUAUAUAUAAUUUUAGAGGAGGUACUUUUUUAGUUUAGGUAUGUUACUUCUAUAGUUUAGAUCUGUUACUUUUUUUUUAGUUUUAGGGAGGUACGCUAUUGGUUUCGUGCUCGUCACACCAUCAAGUUGAUGGUGUGACUGGUCCCACAGGAGACGCGCUGUUUUAUGUUGGCUGCUUGACUCUAUAUUUUCUAAAAUUAUGUUUGGUAAUUGGAUGUUGGCUACUAGCUCUUUCCUACAAAAUAGAGAUAAAUACUUCGUAAUUACUAAAAUGAAAAGUCAAUGGCCAAUCUAAAAAACUACUCUUACUAGCUUUUGAGUUUGUGCGGAAAGUUGUUUUUUAGCAAAGAAAAAAG